AAUCGGUUGCCAAUCAGCUUCCAUAUUUUCAUGUGACUGACAAUUUUGUUUUCGACAUAAUGCAUGAUAUUUUAGAAGGGGUGGGACCAGAUCUGUUAGUCCAUUUAAUUAAUCACUGUAUUUCCCUCAAGUAUUUCGGUCUAGAUAAAUUGAAUUAUCGAAUUGAAUCUUUUAAUUAUGGGCAUCAUUUUAAAACGUCAAAGCCCUCUCAGAUUAAGUUGUUAUAUUUAAAAACCGACAACAAAAUUGGUCAAAGCGCCUCCCAAAUGUUAUGUCUUUUGAUAUGUUUUCCAUUGCUUGUAAUUGACUGCAUUCCUAGUAAUGAUGACACCUGGAAUUUGUUCUUAUUAUUUCUAGAAAUAUUGAAUAUUUUGUUGGCUACAAAAUUAACUGAUGGUGGGCUCGUAUAUUUAAAUAGCUUAAUUUCAGAGUUUUGCAUGCGCUACCAAAAAAAUUUUAGUAGAACGCUUAAACCAAAACAUCACCAUUUGUUACAUUAUGUGGAAGCUAUGCAAAAAAUUGGACCACUGCGGCCAUUUUGGAGCAUGACUUUUGAGUCUAAGCACAAAUUUUUUAAAACUACCGCUCAUUCUAUUUGCAAUUUCAAAAAUAUAUCGAAAUCUUUAGCUUAUAGACAUCAGUUAGCGAGAUCAUUCAACCUUUUGAGCAUACAAGAAUUUUCGCCUUCAUCUGUAAUUCACGAUGGGUGCGAAUACAGGGUUGGUUGUUUUGUUUUGCUUGAAUACUGUACAAAGUAUCCGAAAUUUGGGAAAGUUUCUAGCAUAAUUCUCGAAAAUGAAGAUUGCAAUUUGUGUGUUGUUGAGGUGAUAGGUAACUUUAAUGAGAAACUAAAUAGUUACACUUUAGGAAUUGAGGGGUCAGCUAGAAUAAUUGAUAUUAAUAAUAUUCAGUUCUAUUUACCUUUGUACGCUUUGGAGUCUUUUGAACUCCUCCGAAAAACGGAGUAUAUUGUUUUACCUAUUAAAUUUGUUUAGAUUAGAAAUUCUACUCUUAAUUGUUACGAUAAUAAUUAAUUUUAAUAAUAAUUAUAAAUGCCUCUCAAGCCUCAUCAAAAUUCACCAAGCAAAAGUCUCGAGAAUUUAGAUGACGACACGGCAUCCGGAUUCAGCGCAUCAAUUAUGAGUGACCGGGAAGCGCGUGAUCGAGGUCUGAUUGGACUUGAUUUGCUUAAAAAGAAAAUACAGUCAACUCCUAAAUCAAAAACGGUUCAUCGUCAAGUGGUCAUGUCAGCAGCUAAACAAGUCUCCAGCUUGCCAAGUGCUACAGUCACGAGUGUGACACCGGAUACGUCACAGUUAACAUCUCAGCCAAAUUAUCAAAUCGUUUCGUGCCCUCAAGAUCAAUCAGUUGGAAACGAUAACUUCCAAAGCAAUGAAAAUCCUCCUUUCCAAAUCAGUUAUUUUUUGGGAUCCCCACCCGAUCCACCGCAAAAAUUGCAUAGUGGAACAAUUUAUGGAUUUGUAAGUUACACUGUAACUAUAAAUAUGAUUGCGGGUUGAAUUUAAAAUUCUUUUAUUUCAGCAAAUUUUAAUUUUGUUUUAUUGAUAGGAUAUUGACGCCGUGUUGAGAACAAACGACUUUGUGAGGAAUAUUAUCGCUACGAAGACACGGCCCGACAGUUCCCUAUUUAUACUCCGAGCGGAUAGGCAGGCAAUCGCAGCAGUGUUAAUUGAUGCUAUUAUACAAAAUUUGGGGACAAGUCCCAGCAAACAAGCUAUGGAGCAAUUAGCUAAAAAUCUGGUAAAUCUGUACCCGUGCUUUGGGGACCCCAGAAUUCCUGGAAAUGGUUGGACAAUGUGGUGGUUUCAUACGACUUAUGCACCUGCAGCGACUGGAUUUCUGGAGGAGCGACUGAAAAGUCAACGAAGAAACACUGCGGAGGAGAGGAGGAUGAACAAAUCUAAGGACUCAGUGAUUUCAAUUGUUGGACUAGAUUGGGGUUCAGAUCUUGAAGAAGAAGAUCCUGAGCCAGAUGAGGGGCUACUGGAAUAUAUGAAGCAAAAUAAUGGAGCUGAAAUAUUGGAUCUUAUGAAACAAUCUGUCUUCUGGCGCCGGACUGUUAUUCGUCGUCACUUGGUCUUGCUAUCCGACACGUCAACGAAUCGACAAAUGAGCGUUCCAGGAAUUCAGGCAAUUAGUUUGAAGAUGAGACAUUUGUUCGAUGUGGAAGACAUGAUUUGUCAGGAUUUUAACAUCCGCCAUCCUAGUUUGAAGUUGGUAAUGUAUGACCGGUGGCCGAAAGUUUCUAAAUUAAUCGUCGAAUAUGCAGAGCAAAGCGGGGUCGAUUUUCGCAAGAAAUUAGGUGUUGAAAAAUCAAGAUAUGAAUUUACAAAUGAUGACUUUACUGUUGUUGCAUUUUCGCUCCUGCCAUUCAUUUUGCCAAGUUGCGGACGAAAGCCCCCGCAAAAAGACGAUGAAUCUAAUUCGGACGCCAGUGCGACUUCUUCACCAACUCGAAAAAAGCCACGUAGGGGAAACCGAAAGAGUAUGACAACCGUUAAAGCAUCGGACAUAGAUUGUUCUAAAAGCAUGAUUAUAUUUAGACCGCGUAACACACAUGUUGCCGAAGUAUUAAAUGAUAACAAGAGAAGUGCUCCAUUCAUCCUCGCGUUGGGUUCUCCGCGUGACCUGGAUUUUACAGCUUUCUUCGUCAUUCUCAGCAAGAUUGCGAUUCCAUGCGGAUCAAGCUUUUUGAAGGCGUUGGACACCUGCUUCAAAACAUUUACUGUUUUAUACAUCCCACUUCCGUUGGAGUCAUUUGAUCACUGGAUGUUUAUUCAACAUGGAGUCGCCGGCCGACCAUAUGAGAAGAGUCAACUUCCGCCAGUCGUCCAAGGACUUAUUGGUCAGAUUAUGUCACGAUAUGAGAAAUUGCUUGAUAAUAAUUAAUUGUUAUAUCUUGUUACGCUUAG